AUGACGACUUCCAAGACAGUGCCGUCGAAAGAGCAUGCUAAGCUUUUAUCCCGGAGCGAAGAGCUCACUAAACAAGAAGUAUCGCUAAAACGUGAAUAUACGACAUUGCUACGAAAACUUGCAAGCAUCACAACAGUGCUACAGAACCUAGAAGACGACCCAGAUACCGCAGACAGAGUAAUUUCUGAAACUGCACUUUCAAAAGUGCCAGAUCUCAAACCAUAUUCGAUUUUGCUCGAAGAACUCGAUAGUAAGUCCCCACAGGAUAUUGAAAUACCAGAAUUUCUGCAGGAGUCAUACGCCCUCUACAAAAAUGCGCCGCUCCUGUAUAAAGAUAUGUGA